CCAUCGUUAUAUACCUACGUUUAUGUUUGUUUACAAACAGUAAGUAAGAAACAGAAACCCACGUGGAAGAGUAACAUUUUGAGUAAAUUAGUUAUACCUUCAACUUUUAUUUAAAAACCGUCUAUUAUUGAUAAACAUGGGCCGACUAGCAGAGCUCGCUGGCGAUGGUGAUGAUGAAAAAUCAAGGACUUUCGUUUUUGAAGAUGAAGGACACACUUUGGGAAACAUUUUACGUUCUAUAAUUAAUCAUUAUCCUGAUGUAGAAUUUUGUGGUUACACAGUACCACAUCCUGCAGAAUCAAAAAUGCACUUUAGAAUUCAAGCUAAGAAAGGUAGAGCAAUUGACAUUCUACGCCAAGGUCUGGAGGAUUUGUCUAAAGUUUGUGAUCACACAGUGCAUACAUUUGAAAUGGCCAUGGAAGAUUACCAAGACCAAAUGCAAUUGAAUGCAAGUUAAUUAUUUAUAGCCGGAAAUCUACCUAAAUAAUAAUAAUACGUGUUAUAAGUUUUCAAGCAAAAUUGUAUUACUUCACAGAUAGGUAUAUAUUGAGAUAUAUAUUAUAUAGAUAAUUUGAAAAUGAGAAAAACAUGAAC